UAAAAGGACUGUGUUUCGGGAGAACAGAGGACAGAUGUGCGGAGCCUUUUCAGACUUGGAUCAAGCCAACAAUUCUUCCAUCAAGCCAUCUUUUCAAAAAAAGCUGAAGUUCCAGAAUGUUUCAGAGGGGGAACCUGCUGUGUUUAGAUGCAGAUUGGUAGCUUUCCCAACCCCAACCAUAAUAUGGUUUCAUAACAAUAGACAAAUUCAUAAAGAACGCCGUCGGAGAAUAAGAACAGAGAGCACUUUGCACAUGCAUGAAACUAGUUUAGUCAUUGAUAGUAUAAAAGACAAAGACUCCGGCAGUUACAAAGUAAUGGUUAUUAACACAGAGGGGUCUGCAGAGUCCAUAUCAUCACUUCUGGUGUCAAUGAGGGAAGAACAAGAAGGCAAUGAUCUAAGCCACAUUAGGCGGUCAACUAGACUUCACGGAAGCCUAGACUCGUUGGUUGAUCAAAAAAAGGAGAGCAAAUUCAGGGUUAACUUGAGAUGUGUUGGGUCUCCAUUUGAUCAAAAGUUCAAACCUAGCGGCAGAUCUAGAUCUAAGGAUGCACCGGUUCACACCUUGUACUUCAGAAGUUCAUCACCAACAAGAGGGAAAGAUAAAGAAACUAAUCUGAAUGAAACAGCAUCUGAACGGGCCCUCUCUCCACCUUCUAUAUUUGGUGGAGAAAGAGUUAGUAGGUCUGAAAGGUUUAACGACAGAUACAGUGAUAUCUACUGUGACAGACACACUGGCAGAUUCAGCGACAAUUUCAGUGACAGGUGCAGUGAUAGAUUCAGUGACACAGAAAGCCUCCACGAAGAAGUAAAAGCCAAGCUUGGCCUGUUACAAAGUGCAGUCAAACGAAAAAAGAGGCUCUCUAUGUCUACGCUGUCAUCAGAGUUUGAUUUGGAGUCAAACGUGAGUGAAACCAGCUAUGCAGAUUAUGUUGAUCAAUUAAGGGUCAAGAAGCCUGGAGACUUGCAGCAUGUUCGACCUUUUGAAAGAAACGUUAGAAACGAUAAAGUGUCUGCCGAAUUCUAUGGUAGAUAUGACAGAAUUCCCACACAUUGUGCUGAGUCAACACAGCCCCGCGUGAGACAUUCAUUUGAACCUCAGUCUCAAACUAGGGCCAUUCAAAUGUUAAACGAUGAUCUAGAAGCAACAGGAAAUGAAAAAUACUUUGAUGAAGGAGUCUCUGAAACACAUAUGGAUAAAAUGGUCCUUACUCAAGGGGAACCUCAACAUGAGUUAGGAUUCGAACAUAAGAUAGGUAAGGAUUUAGAAAAUCAAGGUGCACACUACAUAGGAAAUCAAGGUGAGGACUAUUUAGGAAAGAAGUUGUCUGAAGACUUGAAGACAAAGAUGAAGGGGCCGUUUGUCUUAGCUUGUUCUGAAACAAGGAGAUCUCUAAACAUAGCUGAAAAGGAUGAUUUUUCCAGAAUCAGCUCAAACAAACCACUGACGGAAAUAUUUUCCAGUAAGACGACUAAUACACAAGAGGAUACUGUGAAGAGCACUGAAGAACAAUUUGAAAAACAACCCAGCUUUGCAGAAAACCGGUAUGAGAACAUUGAGAGUGAAUGUGAAGAUAAACUUUUAGCCUUGCGGAUUAGAAAAUGGCAAAAAGGAAUGCAGAUGGACCAAGAGGAACAGUUUAAGCAUGAAACCGACCAUUCAAAGGCAAGGGAUUUGUCAUACACGCAAUCUGAAAUAUUAUAUGGUGAGGAGGUAGAGAGAAAAACAGACACAAAAACUGAAGAGAAAUAUUGUGAAGAGCAUCAUCCAUCCCUGGUAAAGGUCUGCUUAACCCGGGAAAAUGUGUAUGGAGUAAAGAGUGGAACUGAACAGAAUUUGUCCCUUUCCCAAACCAAAGAGGAGAGUGCCAGUGAGAAGAAAACAGGAGAAGAGAACACUGUAUCACAAGAAAAAAUGUAUGAAUUGAAUUUGUCCCUUUCCCCAAAAGAGAGGCAUGUCAAUAUGUAUGGUGAGGAGGUAGAUAGAAAGUCUGCAACAGAAACUGAGGCAUUCAAUUUCCAACAUUUGCCCAGUUCUCAGAAAAAGAGUCCUGCAGAAAGUAGUGAGGUAACAUGGGAAGAGCACCAUUUAUCCCUGAAAAAGGUCAGUUUAUCCCUGGAAAAUAUUGCCCCUUUCCAGAAUGUUUCACUUUCCCAAUCAAAAGAGAGGAGUGCCAAUGAGAAGAAAACAGAGGAAGAGCACCAUUUAUCCCAGGAAAAUAUUUAUGGAUUGAAGAGUGAACCUGUACAGAAUUUGUCCCUUUCCCCAAGAGAAAGGCGUGCCAGUGAGAAGAAAACACAAGAAGAGCAGUGUCUUUUAUCUCGGGAAAAGACCCACAAAAGUGAAAUGUUUGAGAGUGAGGAAGAGGCUCUGGGACAUCGAAUCAUUAAAUGGCAGCAAGACGUCUUGACUGAGCAGGAGAUAGCUGUUGACUUGGAUUCUGAUUGGGUUGGUGCAGAGUACUCCCCAUAUAUCGCUAGGAAAGUGGAGGAGUCAAAAAUGUCUGCUGAAGGCAUUACUCUUGGAUCAACCGCUCACUCUGAGGCAGAUUCAACGAGAAGAAGAAAGCCUUCCCCAGAAAAGACAGACUAUGAAAAGUUCCCGACUGAGGACGUUCCUCAUGGUUUCAGAGAUGAGAGAAGGUCCUCACAAGAAAAGACUGUAAAGGAACAUGUCCUUACUGAGAAUGAUAUCCCUCCUGAAUACAGAUAUGACAGGUCUUCACCAGAAAAAACAAUGAAUGAAAAGUUCCUUACUGAGGAUACUCCUCAUGAAUACAGAGAUGUAAGAAGAACGUCUCAUCCAGAAAAGACAACAAAGGAAAUGCUUCUCCGUGAUGCUAGAGCCCAUGAAGGUUCAAGAAGGCCUUCUCCAGAAAAGACAACAAAGGAAAGGUUUCUGAGUGAGCAUGCCCCUCAUGACUACAGAGAUGAAAGAAGAUCUUCACCAGAAAGGACGGCAAAGGAAAAGUCCCUGAGUAAGGAUGUCCAUCAUGAUUUCAGAGAUGAAAGUUUCCAAUGGCCCCCUCCUCCACAAACCGUUGUAGAUGAAACAAGGCUGCAGACAACAGAAAGUGAGUAUUUUGUGAGCGAAGAGGAAGCUUUGGCUCAGCGCAUCUUAAAAUGGCAAGAUGACGUUCUCACCGAACAAGAAGAAGCUGUUGAAUUAGAGUCCAACUGGGCUUUGGCUGAACAUUCACAACACUCAAAGAAAAGUGAUAUCAGUGGACCUCAGGAAGGUUCCUCUAAUGAACCUGUGAAAGAACGCUCACCUGUGAAAGAACCCUCACUUAUGAGACAACAUCACAUUGGUCAGUAUGAAAGUUCCUCUUUUGAACCAGUCUCUCAUCAGAAUGAGAAGUCUCGUACAAUGUCUCUUGGGUCCUCGCAUGUGAAAGAGCACUCUCCUGUGAAAGAAUCUUCACCUAUGAGACAACAUCAGAUUGGUGAGCAUGUCUCUCAAGAGGAUUGGGCUAUGGCUGAACUUUCACAACACCAUCGUAGGAGAACUGAUGUUAGUGGAGAUGAUGCCAAUGAAGGUCCUUCUUAUGAACCUGUUUCUCAUCAUAUCGAGACGUUUCAUCAAAUGCCAUUUGGGUCUCACUCACCUGUGAGAGGGUCCUCAUCAGUUAGAGAAACCUCACCUGGUAGAGAGCCCUCCCCUGGCAGAGAACGCUCACAUGACAGAGGUCAAUCACCUGUGAAAGAACCUGGUAGAGAAGCCUCACUUGGUAGAUGCUGUUCACCUUCGAGAGAACUUCACAUUGGUCAGCAUGGCUCUCAAGCUGAAGUUGGUGCAGAAGGGCCUUCUAAUUGUGAAUCUGACUUGAGACACAAUGAAAAAGUGGCUAUGGGGACUGCAGAGAGGAAAGAAGGACAUAGAGAAAUGCUAUCAAAAGAUGGCAAACAAUCCAGCUCAAAAGAAAACCUUCACCAAAUGGACAUGCCUCAGAGGACAAAAGAAGUUAAGACUUCACCAAAAACUUCUGUACCUAUCUUUGUGAGAGAAAUCUCAUCCUUGAAAGUAAAGAGGGGAGAGAUGACAGACUUUAAAUGUAAUUUUCGGGGUGACCCUCAACCAAUUGUCACUUGGCUCAAAGAUGACCAACCAAUCGGUCAAAACCCAGACUUUGAUGUUCUCACCAAAUUGAAUGAAACCACGCUAACCAUCUACUAUCCCACUAUAUACCAUGAAGGGACAUUUAGUUGUGUUAUAACUAAUACAUUCGGAAAGUCAACCUCCUCUGCUACACUAGAAGUUACUGAAAGUAAGCAAUUAAGAAAAUUGCCAUCGCCAGUGUCUUCGUAUAAAGUGAAAGUGACAACAGAGUAUGAAAUGAGUGAAGAAGAUCUUGACCAAAUGAUUGACGAUGAACUUGAAUCGUACAAUAGUGUUGAAAUGGAUGAGAAAUCUUUACUACAGGUGCCACAGGCUGUCUUGCACAGACCUCGUGCUUCAGACACUUCAAAAUAUUCUUGUUCUCCUGUCGAGAUCAGGAUCACUGCUCCAACACCAGUUCCAUUCGAAAUGAUUGGAAAAGACGCAGAGAUGUCUGAGGACGAUGGCAGUUCCCAUCCUAUGAAACACAAAUUCACAUUCUGCUAUGAUGCCGCGCAGGUAGUCAGUGAAUCUGAGAAGAUACGUUCUUCAGAAGGCCAAACCGGAAAGGUUGAAAUCAGAUCUGAUUUGUCCUUCCAAUCUGCUGUGGCUAUUGCUAGAUCUUCUGAGGUAGAAGCAACCAUGGCUGGUGAAUGGGAACAACAUAUACUAUCUGGAAAUUCUGAAGAUUUGAGGCAGUCCCCUCUGAGUGAUACUGGGCAUAUUUCUGACCCGACAUUGAUGCAGACUUUGGACAAAUCUGUAGGUUCCCACAACCCUAAGGAUAAUGUUUCAAAAUUAUCUAGAUCAGAAGCAGACAUGGCAAGUGAGAGCAAACAGCAUAUACUAUCCAGAUUUUCUAAAGAUUUGAGGCAUUCCCCUUUUAGCCAUACUAGUGAUAUUACUGAUCAGGCAUUAAUGCAUGAGCUGGACAACUCUAUAGGUUCCCACAGCGCUGAAGAGAAUGUUUCAAACGUAUCUAAACCAAAACUAAGUGUUUCAAAAGAAGCACCUACUAUUACUGGGUGUGGUCUGCAAUCAUCUGCUGCGCUAGUCAAAGUGUCACAAAUUAAGCAGGCAUUUGAGGCACCUGCAUUGUCAGAGGCACCUGAAUUGUUAGAUACCACUUCUGUUGAUGAAGUGAAAAAGUCCACAGAGUCAUAUUUCCCUGAGGAUGAUAUCCCAGAAGUUGUAAUCCAUCUUGAUCAUGAUGAUAAGUCAUUGGCAACUAAUGUUGUGGAAGGAACUCCACUGCAGUCCAAACAAGACACUAUGUUAGUUGAAGGUAGUGAUACACAGAUUCCGAGAGCAAAGCUCAUUUCAGCCAAAAGUGGGCCAGAGGUUGUGUUACUCGGUGGUGCACAGAUUUCUGCCAAAGUGAAAUCAGUCUCCCCCAAAUGUGCCCCAGAGGGUGUCCAGACCAUGUCUCAUACUCUGGAGGAAGACAAUGAAAUCUGUAUGAUUUCUGGAGAAACUGUUGCGGAAGCUGACAUAAUUGACACCCACAGUCACUUAAAACACUGUGUUCCCCUCUCAAGUAUAAGAGAGGUGCAGGUGUCACCAAAGCCUGUCAGACCUGAGGCAGUUAAAGAAGUAAAGACUAGCCAUUCAACAGAAAUUAUGGGACCUCAUGUAAUAGAUCAAAAUAUGAUAGAGGACAGUCUUCGUGAGAAAGUCCCAGUGUCAGUGACCCCAGAUGAUGUUUCAGCGUCAGUCUGUGAUGAGUCUGUAAAGCUAAAAAGAUUAUCUGGCUCAUUUGCAACUCCAGAAAUUCAUAGAUUGGACACUCAGUCUUCUGUUGGCAAUGACAUGACUGAUAUUAAUGAAAACUUGUCUCUAUCUGAACUCUCAAAGGAUAGCGCAUUUGUCAGGGUUUCUUGGGCACAUAGUGAAAUUGUUAGUGAAGAAACAGCAGAGGAAAACGAGGAACAUGCUGUUGCUGAGAGUGGUGAGCCUUCAGUGGUUUCAAAAUCAGUUAGCGUCAAGCUCAAAGGAGAUGGGUGUACAGAUUAUCUUGCUGCACAAGGUUCACAACAGCAAGCAGAGGCUAAACCGGAAAGUGCUGAUCUAAGUAUGGCUGCCAGUGAAGGUGCUUCAGGUGUGACCUCACUUGAGGAGGAGGUAGUGACCUUCAGUACUGUUUAUGACUACUACCACCCACCAUCUGAAUGGGGCAGACCCUUAUCACCAGAGUCAGAAAUGUCCAUAGAGUGUGGUAGCACAUUUAGUGAGGAAUUAACAGAAAUCGAGCAGUUCUAUACUCCAUAUUCUUCAAAUGAGAUGUUGCAGCUCCCUAAAACUCCAGAAUCUUUCCACACUCCUGAAACUGAAACCCCGGCAGGUUAUAUGACCCCCAAUGAGUAUGCCUUCUCUCCUCUUGAACGUAAAAGACCAUCCACUGACUCCAGUGAGAGGUUAUUUUCUCCUGCUAAGUUCUUGAGGUCACCCGAUGAUGAGGGCAUUGAGACAACACCCCCUGCAUUUAGAUUAGAUGAAGGACGUUUCCUCUCAGAGCGUGCCCUUGGCCUUGGAGGACUACAGGAAAAAGUCCAGGGAAUCCCUCCGGCUUUCCUCAAACCUCUCACCAAAAGGAGAGUUUUUGAACAUGAUUCGUUAUCGUUUUAUGCUGAGUUGUUUGGGUUGCCUUCACCUGAAGUGAAGUGGUUUAGAAACAAAACCCAAUUUGUUGCAGAUGAAAGGAUUACAAUGGACAGAGAUGGUGACAAUAUCUCGCUUGUUAUUCAGAACAUUACGAAAGCUGAUCAAGGAGAAUAUAUUUGCGAAGCUGUUAACUAUGUAGGAGAGGCAAAAAGCGUUGCACUAGUUGUAGUUAUAUCCAACGAGGUCAGAUAUAUGCUCCCACCACCGUCAGUCACCCAUCAGCAUGUGAUGGAGUUUGAUGUUGAGGAAGACGAUGACUCAUCGAGGUCUUGCUCCCCUCAGGAAAUUCUAUUGGAGGUGGAGUUGGAUGAAAAUGAGGUUAAAGAGUUUGAGAGACAGGUGAAGAUAAUUACCAUCCCAGAAUACACCGCUGACAAUAAAAGUAUGAUAAUAUCACUCAAUGUUCUUCCGAGUAGUUACGAGGAGAGUGGAGUUGACUUUGUAACGCAGGAAAGGGAUGAUUUGAAAAUAGCUUUUGAGGUCACAGAAAUGCCGCCUCGCUUCAUCAACCCAAUUUGUGAUAUGGAAACCCCUGAGAAUACAACAGUAAUGUUUGAGUGUUCUCUGAUGGGAAUUCCAUCACCCAUAGUAUCAUGGUUUAAAGGUAACAAAAAGAUCCCUCACAAUAACAAUAAAUACUUGCACUCAUCUGAUGGAGACAAUCAUUUCCUUAAGAUUAGGAACGUCAGUGCUCAUGAUAGUGGAAUAUACUCCUGCCGGGCCAUCAAUGUGGUUGGGGAAACUCUUUGCAGGGCAUCUCUUCUUGUGUUGAAUCCUAAAAGCUUUAUAGGAAAAACAAGAGGGAGAGAAUUGACAGCUGUGUCACUUGGUAGUGCUAAAGUUCAGCCUCAAAAGUUUGACUUGGUUGUUGGGAAUCAGUUUGAGGGUGAACAAGCAUCAGAAAUAGAGCUGGAAUUUGAAUUUGAGCAGGAAGCUGAUGAAUCACAAAAGGCUGUUAGACUUGUAGCCAUGACGAACAAUGAGAUGAGCGAGCAGGGACAGAAAUAUGUCAGUAUAAACUUUGGCGUUUUCGCAGAGCCCGCCAAAGAUGACAAAAUAGAUUUCAAAGGAAAGUCAUCAGAAUUGUGUAGUUUCCGGUUUCAAAUGACUGAAACUCCACCAAAAUGCAUUAUUCCUUUGACAAACGUUACCACAGCAGUAGGAACUCCAGUGGUCCUCCAGUGUUUAGUGAAUGGUAAACCUCAUCCCACCGCUGAAUGGUACAAAGAUGGCGAUCCAGUGAAAGACACUCGGUACAUGAUCCAAGAGAAAGCAUCUGGACAUUUUAAUUUGAUCAUCACAAAUGUCACCCAAAAGGAUGCCGGAGAGUACAAGUGUCUUAUCCAAAACAAAUCUGGAUAUACUGAAACAACUGCUUUGUUGAAAGUGUUCUAAUCUCUUCAUGUCAUUUGUUUUUUGAACUCAAUUAAAAUGUUUUUACUGUAUGUAAGAAAAGUAGCUUUUAUUCAUUAUAAUGUGAUACUUGUGAAAAAUGUUCUGAAAUGAAGUGUAGAUCCUAUUUAUUGUGUAUAGUGUGUGUACUCACUUCACACAUCAGAAUGAUUAUAUACAUGUUAUAAUCAUUUUUGGUAAAGGGGAAUGUUUGCUUUUCAAAACAGUAAAAAAAAUAUCAAGCAAUGGAUUCAUUUGGAAAUGGGAGUAAUUGAAAUACAUUAUUUAUUUGUACAGAAAUCACUUUAGUUUGUCUCUAACAGUUUUUAUUUAUGUAUAAAUAAAGGAGGUAUAUGCUGAUGUAAAU